CCACGCGGCCGCCGCUGCUCUGCCCAAGCCCAAGCUUGCAUUCAUCUGCUCCACCCGGAGCGUGCACGAAGCACUCCAACGAGCGAGCGCGGGCGAGCAAAGCGGCAACACUCUGACCAAUGCCGCCGCUCGUCGCCUCCUCCUUCUCGCCGGUGUUGCCGCCUCCGGCGCCCUCCAGGGCCCGGUUCAGGGUCGCGGCCUCUGCUGACGUCGGCGCCAACGGCAGAGCCGCCGCCGCCGCCGCCUCGGCCGUUGGAGGCGACGGAUUCCCGCCUUUCCUGCCCAGGGCGGUGGAGCGCAUCCGCGACGGCGCCGCCAUCCGCCUCGCCAAGCGAAUCGAGCGCGUGCCCGUCCAGACCAGCUUCUCCAAGAGCCCGAUACUGAGCAGCUGCGUGAGGCCGCUCAGGCAGCAGCAGGACAGUGACCCGGUCGUGCUGCUCCACGGAUUCGACAGUUCUUGUUUAGAGUGGAGGUACACCUACCCUUUGCUGGAGGAAGCUGGAUUGGAGACUUGGGCUGUGGACAUUCUUGGAUGGGGCUUCUCUAAUUUAGAAACAAGGCCGCCGUGUGAUGUUGGGUCGAAGCGCGAGCAUCUUUACCAGUUCUGGAAAUCCUACAUCAGAAGGCCUAUGGUGCUAGUUGGGCCUAGCCUCGGUGCUGCUGUUGCCAUUGAUUUUGCAGUCCAUUAUCCGGAAGCGGUAUCGAAAUUGAUCUUCAUUGGUGCAAGCGUAUAUGCUGAGGGCACAAAAGAUAUGACCAGAUUGCCUAAAUUUGUUCCAUAUGCUGGAGUUUUAUUACUGAAGAGUCUUCCACUGCGACUGUUAGCUACAUGCUUGGCAUUUAAUAAAAUUCCAGAUGGAUUCUUUGAUUGGGUGCAAAUUGGCCGUCUACAUUGUCUACUUCCUUGGUGGGAAGAUGCUACAGUCAACUUCAUGCUUACUGGGGGUUAUAAUAUCCUAAAAGAAAUAAAGCAGGUAAAGCAUAGAUGCCUGGUGUUAUGGGGAGAGGACGAUGGAAUAAUCAGCAAUAAACAAGCCUAUCGGUUGCAGCAAGAACUCCCAAGCGCAAUCUUAAGACAGGUGGGGCAGUGCGGCCACAUUCCUCAUGUUGAGAAGCCGAGGGAAGCAGCAAAACAUUUGCUUGAUUUCCUCGCAAUCGAGAAGACAGAGAAGGCAGACCAGGCUUUGUCCGUGUAAUCAACAGUUAGGGCCCGGUGACAGAACCAGAUCGUUUAGGCUAGCGUGUACAAGGUAACACGUACACGACAAUUCACUGUUUAUGCUUGCCUCCGGAGUCCAAUCUGCUCGUCGACUUCGAUGAAGCUGUAUGAAGUUUAACCGCACCAACAGCCCGCACCGGCUGGGGAACGUACAGGCAAGGCCUUGCCGAGGAGACAAUGAGAGUGGCAAUGAGACUUUGAAGAGCAGAGCCAGAAACAUUGUAGUAUCUGCUGGUCAGAUGUUUGUAGUAUCUGCUGAUGCGGCUGAAUCGCCGCACGGUGAUCCUGACCGAGCUAACCGGUCGCGCGUUUAUUGUACUAUCAAAUCAUGUUUAUAUUAUGUCCGUGUGGAGUGCUCUGCUGCUCAGGGGAAAUAAUACAGCUCCACUCGCAUGUUGGCUCC